AUAUAUAUAUAUAUAUAUAUAUGCCUCCUUUUUUCGUGGCUCCAUCGAGUCCACCAAGGGUAGGGUGUCACAGUCUUGAUCUGACUCUCCCUUCUUCCUUCAAUGUUACGGACGCUCUUUCCUCCACAGUCUCGUCUUCAGACCUCGAGCUCGUCUGACGUCCGUAAACGGGGUUACGCAUUUUACUGUCUUCGCUGAGGGAGACGUUUAUCGCUUUAUCUCUUCAUGAGUCCAACCAUGCAGCCCUGGGAGAAGAUCGAGAGUUACACAGUGUACAAUUUUCCGCAGUUUGUGUUGUUCCUCGGAGCGUUUGCGUGCCCCUUCCCUGAGGGGAGAUGUCGGAGGCGAAGCGCCUUCUCGUGUGCCCGCGGAAACAACGAAUUCUUCGGACGUCUCGAUGGAGCCUCACCUGUCCGGGACUGCCCCUGCGUCGGGCGCAUUGCGCUUAUUCGGAAGCAAAUGAUUUCUGACGAUGACGUUGUUCGCCUUGGCAAUCGACGCAGGCGUCAAAGAGAAGCUGAAGCAUCAGCGAGGAACAAUGCUGCUGGCGCCGUAUGCGCAGGUGAAAUACCGCACGCGACGGGGGAGACAACUGAGAAAAAGGAAGACGCCCCUCUUCUCGCGGACGCUGCACACACUUGUGGCGCGAAUGCGUGCGACCCAAGUGUCUCUGCGCCUGUCUUAGGCGGGUCGCGGGAAACGGGUGUCUCUUUUUUCGCUUCUCUUGGCGCCAAUAUCAGGGCCGGCAACACUGCUUCAUCUCUGCCUUCUGCGGCGACUGCCGCUUCACCAGGCUCGGCGGGCGCUCCCCCCGCCGUCUGGCCUUUGUCCCCUCCGCGCAUCCAUCAACGCUGUGUGGGGUCUUGGGCCUGUCUGCUCGAACUGAGAGAGGAACUCCACCGGCUAGCUGAGCAUGCUCAGAGACGCCGGGCACAGUGGCGCCGCGCCCACAACCAUAUUUACCGGCCCUUGCUUCUCCCGGAGUUUGCGCCUCCGCGUGUCUGGGCGGUUCUGCAUGCGCUCGCUGCCACGGUCGUGAGCACUCGAGACAGAGGAAGCGAACGCCGAUCCAAUGUUCUGGCUAGUCAAGAACCCAGACGACACCCUGGCCCACGAAGUCAAGGGUCAAUGCGCCGGUGCGGUGAGGUGCCUGCGACGGGCCUGCAGCUUCAAGACUCGUUAGUUGGGAGCCAAGGCACCUGCCGUUUCCCCGGCGCGGCAGGGGUCACUAACGCCUCCGCAGAGGCCUCGAGUACGAAGGGUGGCAGCACAACGCAGUGGGGAGGGACCUUCGAACAAGAUACAGAAGACAAGCGAGAAGGCGACGGAAGUUUACUCGUUUGCGGACUCCUCGGUGCCAUUCGAUUUCUGUUUGGCUUCUACCUCGUUCUCGCCACAGAGAGUGAGGAGACCGCUGCGUUGGGGGCUGUCGACUCCAUCGUUCCGAGGGCCGUGGGUUUUGGAAAGACAAGUGAGAGAGAAAAGGCGGAGGCAGCCGACAGGGGAACGAGGCGACGUGGAUUUCGAGACAGGGUAGAUACCCAGUCCAGUGCAUGCCUGUUCCUGGAAAGCGAGAACCGCAUGCAGACAGCAGACGGGCCACGCCGCGGUGUCCACAGCGUCUUCACUCUGCGCCAUGUUGACCUUCUCCCGCUCUUCUUCUUCGAGUCGUCGCAGGAGGGUUCGUUCUCUGCGUUUUGUGACUUGAUCGAAGAGCGAGAACCCCCGUCUUCGCUUGGCAGCCUAGACUUCUCUUCCCCUGGGUCCUCCACCAACGAAGAAACCGCAACAGUUUUUCGAUGGCUUGCAGACCUGUCGCAAAAGAAAGCCCCCCUUGCUCCGAGCUCACAGAGGUCUUUUUCCUUUUCGUUUCCUCUGGGGAGAAACUCGUUCGACUCCGAGGGCAGGGGGCCCGCGUCUCGAGCUUCGUCUGGAGAGUUCGACCCCAGCGACGCUGCAUGCGCGCUCUCCCUCUUUCGUCUUGCAGUCAUGCCGCCCUCGGCGUGCCUCUGGCCUUUCUCAGGCUUGGCGGACCAUGCCAGUAGCGCAGAGCUCCUGACGGCUGAACGCAGAUAUCAAGAACUCUUUCUUCAGGUCUUUCUACAGCCGCCGCUCUCCUUCUUCUUCGCUCACACGCUGGACCUGACCCAGUCGCUGCAAGCCCAGGGGCUGGGUCACGCGUCGCGAGACUCGAGGUUGCCAGGAGAGUUUGAAGAGGCGACGGAGCGGAGCAGGAGCGUUCCGAAGGAAGACCUCGAGAACUUGAGCUUCCGAGACACACGAGGGAGGAGAGGACAGCCCAGACGAGCAGGCACACAUCUGGAGCUGCUGAACGGGAAGAAACUCGAUGCUGUUUUCAAUCUCUUUCUCCUCGAACCCUUCGCUGUCCCUGCUGCCCCUCUUGCUGCGGACGCUCCGCCACUUUCGCAUCAGGCCUCUCGCGCCGCUGAGGCACCGGAGGAACCUCGAAACACAAGCGUGGAUGAAACAGUUCUCGAGAAAACGACUUCGGAGCCUCGGAUAUUCAAAGGUAUAUGCCCAGGUGGCAGUCCUCGAGUGAUAGCGGAUGAAACAAAUACAAAGAAACAAGUGGCCGAAAACGUCGUGCACUCGCCUGGAGUGCUUGAAAACCGAGGAAAUCCAAACGCAUGCGAAACCCCACAAACGCCUCGCGUCGGCCCCUCGCCACGGCGGGGGCCCAGCGGAGGUGAGGACGAGCGCCAGGCCGUCUGCCAGGUGUCUCCCGACAUGUCGCCUUGGUUGCUUCUUCUACAGCAAGGCUGCGUCGUGCAGAAGUUCUUUUCAGCGAAGCGUCGGCGUUUGAGACGGCGGACGCGGCCUCGACAUCGACGUGAACAACAGAUGGCGUCUUCGGAGACGCUUGCAUCACGGCCGUCUCCGCAGCCUCCCUCUCCACUGUCUCCUCCCGUGCCAGUGGCUUCUGCGGCUUCCCCAGCGGUAAGCGCGGCGGUGCCCUCGUUGGAGACACGCGCCGUGUCUCUCCUCGCCGAUGAGAGGAGCGACAGUCUCUCGUGUGAGCCGCGGGCCGAGACGACAGAUACGGGGGCGCAAGAGCAAGAUGAUGGAUAUGAGAAUAGGGAGAAACACGAGACAGCCACUUUGUUUUCCGUCGUUAUCAUCGCUCGAAGGUCGAGACUGGCGGCCGGCGCGAGGUGGUACAGAAGAGGCCUCGCUGUCCCCAAGCAGGCUGGAUUGCCUCGGAAGGAAGGUCCCUCAGAGGCGACAGAAACCAACACCGAGGUUCCUUCUUCCAGGGUUUGUGUUGAAGACACGCUAUGUACGCUUCGGCUCCUCGACACCGUCAGAGACAGCGCUGUCGCAGCGAACCAAGUCGAGUGCGAGCAGAUUCUUUGGCGCGUGUCUCGAGCUCGAGAAAGGAAGAAGGAAGGCCGAGACGGCUGCGCGAACCUGGAGUCUGAGCAACGCAUCUGCACUUUCCCAGGGCGCGGGGGCGACAUACAGUCCCAUAGAAAGCAGGUCUCCACCUCUCCGCCGUCCUCUGUUCCGGCGCUUGUAUCGCUUGUCCAGGGUGCAUCAGAGGCUUCAUGUUCGCCUUCGUCUUCCUCGUCUUCUCCUCCCUUCUCUUCUUCGUUUUCUCAUUUGCGUUUCUCGGGAGAUGUUGCCUCUAUCGUGCAGCUGCGCGGGUCUGUGCCGGUGUUUUGGGGCCACUUGCCUUCUCAGGCGUCUCUUUUACCCACGUUCUUGCAAAACAUCAGUCCGCCGCUACGCCUCUCGUCCCCCGCGCUUGAUCCGCUGUACGUACACUCGAAGGAUCACUUCGACGCCUUGCACCGCGCGUACGGCUGUCCGAUUUUGUGCCUGGACCUCGUGCGGCAGCAACCCCUGGGCCACAUGGAGAUGAAGCUCGCGAGUGACUAUCGAGCUGCUCUCGAGGCAGUGAACAGAAUGCAGCGAGAGGAAGCGCAUGCAGUGUUGCUGCGAUUGCAGCGUGUGCUCCCGAUUCCGGAACGCAACAAGAUUUGGGAGGAGGUGUGCCAACCAUCACAGAUCGAAAACAUCCUUAUUGCCGCGCCUUGCUACGGGGAAGAGACGCAGCGAGGAGAACAAACGCGUUUUGAAGUGAAGGUGGCAGAGACAAACACGGAGGAAGCAAGCGAACAGAGAGACAAGACGAGGAAUCUAGAGGCCUUGCCUGGGUGGACCCGGCGGUGGGUCUCGUGGAAGUCGCAGAGCGAAGGUGAGAAACAUUGCGAAAAGACUUACGCGUACACGGAGCCCCGCGGACCGAGAUGCUACACACGAGACGGCGUCUGUUUCAGGUGUAUGUACAGCCGCAUGGGCAAUAGGUGCACGGAGGCCUUUUUCGGGGUUCCCUCCUCGGGUCUUGACGCCCACCCCUUCGCAUCGAUGAACGCCGGUUCUUCGUUUCCUUCGGUCUCCGCCUCGCCGGAGCUUCCUGCGUUUCACGCGCUCGUCUCGUCUCCCUCAAACGCCUCUGCAGACGCAGCCUCAGCUUCACGUAUUUCUGGUUAUUUGUUCUGUUCGUCGAAACGCGAGAGGUGGCCAAGUACUCGAGACGGCGACAAAUGCCAGCGUGGCGAGAGCGGUCAAGAAGGCGGGGAGCCUCGUGGAGCGGCGCUGAUGCAGAGGACAACGUGUGUAGAAGCACUUCACCAGGUGUUUCAGAGUUUGAGUCUGCACCAAAGAGAGACUUGUUUCUGUGAAGUGGCGUAUGAGGCGUUCGACUGGCAGGACGCGGACAAGCGCCUCGGCUUCGAUCAGGCACUCCAUCGGCUUUUUGCCUUGGUCGCCACGUCCCUUGAGUUCACAGGCUCUUUCGUGUGUGUCGCUUACAAGAAACGAAAACCAGAGUUGGCCUGCAUGCACCCGGGGGGAGCUCGGGGCGUCACGGGCCAGCUGAGAAAGGCGGAAAGCAGCGCAGGAGGCUGUGAAGAGGAAGAGAGACCAGAGACGAGCACUGAGGACAAAGAACGUCGAGGCGCGGAGGAAAGACGUCACUGGCAGCAACAGAGGGAACACGCGGAGGCGAGCCAAGCAGAAGCAGAGCCGUCAGGGUUCGUGACUCAAUUCCAACAUGGAGUUAUUCGCAUCAACUGCGUCGACUGCCUCGACCGCACCAACCUGGCCAUGCUCGGCCUCGGUGUCGCCGCGCUGUACCGGCAUCUGACGACGCUGCUUCGAUCGUCGCGGCUUCACGACGGCGCCUGGGACUUCUGCGAGCGAGCAAUAUGUCUGAAAGCUGCAGGUAAUCCGAUUCGCGCGCCGGCCGUCUGGUGGCUUGACGAACUCCACAAGAAGAGGGGAAACCACGCCGAAUGGAACGAGGAAAGCGACCGACAGAAAGGGGACAACGUGCCGAUAGUCUCGCGCCCUACCCUUCCUUCUUCUUCGUCCUCUCCGUCAACCUCUUCUUCGUCUUUUUCGUCUUCCUCUUCUGUUUGCUCGUCUUCUACGUCGUCCUCAUCUGCGUCGUCUGCGGUUGCCAUUUCGCGCGAUAAAACGAGAGAGGGGUUCGGGACCCUGGAAGGCAGUCCAAGGUGCCAAAGAGUCCUCUCGUCUUCGAGUUCUUUGUUUUCCCACUCUUCCUCUGCAUUCAGUCGCUCCGCGUCGAGCAGCUCUGACGAGGCGGCUGAGCCCUCAGUGGUUGAGAAAAACGAUGUCGCGACCCGACAGAGAGAAUCUGCUUCAGAUCACGCCACCCCUGAUCCGUCUGCUCUUGAUUCAGGCCGACUGGCGUCCUCUCGUCCGCGUUUGUCUCCGUCUUUGUCGUCUUCUUCUCUGCAUUGGACUACCUCAGCUUGUUGCUGGACACCUUACCACACAAAGCAAUCAAAGCAAGAGGACUCCUCAACCUUCUCGUCUUCCUCUUCAUGCACUGCUUCUUCUUCCUCCGUUUUUUCCACGCGUAUUCCUCCUCGUUCUUCCCCUUACUCUCCCGUUUCUGCUUCCUCUCCCCGUGCUUCUUAUCCUUCUUCUUCUGCGUCUUCUUCCUCAUCGUCUUCCUCUUCUUUGCCUCUUUCUUCUCGCGCGAGCUGCGCGGCGUGCGAGUCCGUAGCUUUUCCGCCUUUGUUGAGGAAAACGUUUCGGGGGAACUCUGCACCAUUCGCGUCUCCACCACCGUUCCUACAUCUACUGCCCACGCGACUUCUUCAGCUGCUUGGGGAGGCCUGGCGGGAGGUGGGCGAUGCCCUCGCCCUUCAGUACGCGGGGUCUCCUGCGAUGCAUGCAGCGGAAUUUUCAGCUGCGGAGCUGGUGCAGGCUGUGGAAAAGCUGAAGGAGGCAGAGGUUGGCGGCGAGGCAGAGCGACGCGCUUGGAGAGCUGUCAAACGCAGCAACGUCCUCAUUGCAGUUCAGAGUUCAGUGAACGCUGGAAAUGGAUCCUUUCCUUUACCUCAGAUACUUCAACAACUGCGUGUACGACGCAGACAAGCAGCGGGGCCUGGACCUCUUUGUCGGCGCCUUUCGUCCUGGGGAGACCUCGACAGACAUUUGGGAAGUGGACUGUCUCGAUCCUUUCUCUUCGUUCUCUUCUCUAAGUUCUCGGCUCUCGACGGCGUCGAAUGCGGGGAGCCCAUCUACCUCGCUUGAGCAUUCUUCGCGUCCUUCCAGUGAGCUCUCUCCUCCCGUCGCUCUUCCGGGUGGCAGCAAGGAGGAUGCUGCCCAGGGGAGUGGGUCUUGCGAGGCGGCAGACGGAGAGAAAGAAAGAGAGAAGAGAGACGAAGAAGUGGACAAGAGGGGAACAGGUGAGAACGUGGCAUCUGGGAGUAAAGAGAAGGUCGAGGAAGGAGAGGCAGAUGCGUCGUUCGUACGGGAAGACAACGGAGCUUACGACGACUUUAGAAUUGAGGGAGAAGAAGACAUUUUCUUCAGAGAUUCGCACUUUUCUGCAGCUACACGGUGCUGGACAUGUAAAGGCAUGGGACUGUGGAACUCAGCUUAGGAGCACGAGGAACAGCAGUCGCUCGUUAUUUUUUCUGUCUGAAAUGCUACAUGGAACAAAACAUGUUAACAUGUGUGUGGACACACACACACACACAAAUCAAUAUCUAUACUUAUAUACCUACGAGUACAUCCGAGAGGAAGAACGACC